GCAGGCGGAGGGCGAGACGAGGCCCCUUGGGUCAGUCUGCCUCAGGCCGCAGCCGCGCAGCUGGAGGCGGCGGAGCGGAAGCCUCACCAUGGCUGCAAUCCGGAAGAAGCUGGUGAUUGUAGGGGAUGGCGCCUGUGGGAAGACCUGCCUCCUCAUCGUUUUCAGCAAGGAUCAGUUCCCCGAGGUCUACGUCCCAACCGUCUUUGAAAACUACAUUGCUGACAUCGAGGUGGAUGGCAAGCAGGUGGAGCUGGCUCUGUGGGACACAGCAGGGCAGGAAGACUAUGAUCGCCUGCGGCCUCUCUCCUACCCAGACACUGAUGUCAUCCUCAUGUGCUUCUCCAUCGACAGCCCCGACAGCCUAGAAAACAUUCCUGAGAAGUGGACCCCAGAGGUGAAGCACUUCUGCCCCAAUGUACCUAUUAUCCUAGUGGGGAACAAGAAGGACCUGCGGCAGGAUGAGCACACCAGGCGAGAGCUGGCCAAGAUGAAGCAGGAGCCUGUUCGAUCUGAGGAAGGCCGGGAUAUGGCGAAUCGCAUUAGUGCCUUUGGCUACCUCGAGUGCUCAGCCAAGACUAAAGAGGGAGUCCGGGAAGUAUUUGAGAUGGCCACUCGUGCAGGCCUCCAGGUCCGCAAGAACAAGCGCCGAAAGGGCUGUCCUAUCUUCUGA